AUGAAUAUGUUUUUGUGUAUUGGCAAAAAGCUGCAACAUCUUUGUAGCGCUUCAUGUCAAAAAGUUGUUUGUCAUAGCAAAUCAGGUUUUUUCUUAUUAACAUAUUUUUGUCGCUUCGUCCUUCGGAGGGCAAACCCUCUUUUGGUUCAAAUUGUCUAUUUUGUAUCUCUUUCAUUUUUGGGCUUUGGUGUUCUCAAAGCUCUAAAGCCUAGAACACCCUCUUUUACUCCUAAAAACUUGGAUUUGUUCUUCACCUCUGUCUCAGCCACAACAGUUUCAAGCAUGGCAACGGUUGAAAUGGAGGUUUUUUCAAACCCCCAGUUAAUCAUUAUGACCAUCUUGAUGUUCAUAGGAGGUGAAGUCUUUACCUCCAUGGUAGGACUCCAUUUCAUUAGGUCCAGGUUCAAAACCGAACUAGAUAAAAUCGCUUCUUCUCAUAGCAAUCUAAGUUCUACAAAUCCCAUAAUUGUUGAUCAAAUUGAGUUGGGGGUGGUCACAAAUUUUAACCAAGUGAGUUCACUACCUAAACCCAAUGAGGUUCACAAUGAAUCUCACGAGUCUUUGGGUACCACAAGUGAAAACUUGAGGUAUUUAUCUAUGAAAUAUUUGGGUUAUGUAGUUCUAGUUUACCUUCUAGUUGUCCACGUUAUUGGGGUCUUAGCGGUGUCUCUUUACGUGUCCGUUAUCUCAAGUGCUAAAGAGGUGUUAAAGAACAAGGGGUUGAAAAUGUUGACAUUCUCUGUUUUCACUGUAGUUUCAACUUUUUCAAGCUGUGGAUUUGUUCCAACAAACGAAAACAUGGUUGUUUUUAGGAAGAAUUCAGGUCUACUUCUUAUGCUUAUUCCUCAAGUCCUUCUUGGGAACACAUUGUUCCCUCCUUGCUUGAGGUUUUCAAUAUGGUUUUUAGGGAAAUUUUACAAGAAGAAAGAGUCUAAGUACAUUUUGAAGAAAACACAAGAGGUUGGGUACAAACACUUGCUUCCACGAAAACACUCUGUUCUUCUGGUAGCUACUGUUUUUGGGUUUAUUUUGGUUCAAGUUAUAAUGUUUCGUUCAAUGGAUUGGAAUUCAGAAGCUUUGAUGGGGUUGAAUGCAUAUCAGAAAUUCAUUGGCGUAUUGUUUCAAAGUGUGAAUUCCAGACACACGGGAGAAACCAUUGUGGACCUGUCAACUCUAUCGCAGGCCAUCUUGGUCUUAUUUGUGGUCAUGAUGUACCUUCCUCCUUACACUUCUUUCCUUCCAAUGAAAGAGGAUGAGCAGGACUCAGAAAGUUGUGAUAGGAUGAAAAAAAGAAGAGGAAAAGUUUUGGAGAAUUUGAUAUUCUCGCAACUCUCCUAUUUAGUCAUAUUCAUCAUACUCGUGUGCAUUACUGAGAGGAAAAAAUUGAAGGAGGAUCCUCUCAAUUUCAACGUCUUGAAUAUUGUUAUUGAAGUUAUCAGCGCGUAUGGAAACGUAGGAUUUACUACAGGAUACAGUUGUGACAGACAGUUGCAUAGAGAGCCAAACUGCCAAGAUAAGUGGAUUGGAUUUUCUGGAAAUUGGAGCGAUGAGGGAAAGAUCAUUCUCAUAAUCGUCAUGUUCUUUGGAAGGCUCAAGAAAUUUAAUAUGGAUGGAGGCAAGGCAUGGAAGCUCCUCUAAUUCAAUAC